CUAAAUAAAUGGGUGUUUCCGUUUUCAUGGCACUGUAUACGGAAGAGGAGAGACAAAGAGGAAACAGAAAGGAAAACACACAACAACAACAACAAAAUAUUCCAUUAUCGAUCCUUUCAGCUUGUUCUCAAAGGGGUAAAAAUUCUAGUUCGUCCUUCGAUUUUUCUAUGGUUGAUCGGACGCGCUAGGAUUCGAGAGGAAGACAAAAUGGCGAAUCGAAUAGACCAUGAGUACGAUUACUUGUUCAAGAUCGUCCUCAUCGGCGACUCCGGUGUCGGCAAAUCCAACAUCCUCUCCAGAUUCACCCGAAACGAGUUCUGCCUCGAAUCCAAAUCCACCAUCGGCGUUGAAUUCGCCACCAGGACUCUCCAGGUUGAAGGCAAAACAGUGAAGGCUCAGAUUUGGGACACUGCAGGGCAAGAGCGUUACCGAGCCAUCACGAGCGCGUACUACAGAGGAGCCGUCGGUGCUCUCCUCGUCUACGACAUCACCAAGAGACAGACCUUCGAGAACGUCCUGAGGUGGCUACGCGAGCUCAGGGACCACGCCGAUUCCAACAUUGUGAUCAUGAUGGCUGGGAACAAAUCAGAUCUAAACCACCUGAGAUCCGUUGCUGACGAAGAUGGUCGGUCUCUGGCUGAGAAGGAAGGUUUGUCGUUUCUCGAGACGUCUGCUUUGGAAGCGAGUAACAUCGAGAAAGCGUUUCAGACUAUUUUGUCGGAGAUUUAUCAUAUCAUAAGCAAGAAGGCCUUGGCGGCGCAAGAAGCUGCGGGUAAUCUUCAGGUUCCGGGGCAAGGUACUGCCAUUAACAUAACGGAUUCGUCUGUGGCUAAGAGUAAAGGAUGCUGCUCUACCUAGAAAUGACUAAUCAAUCAAUCAAUCACACGUUUGAUUUCAAGAAUCUCUCUUUUGUUAUUUUACCCUUUUUUUUUUUUUUUUUGGUUAUUGGCUUUAAUUUCAGCAAGUAUAGCAUAUGCCUUUUUGCUUCCCAGUUCUAUUUUAUUUUUUGGUUUUAUGUUACAGAUUGAAGCUUGUUUAGCUGUACUGAAACUUCUACAGUAUUUCCCAGAAAGGAAGAUCUUUGUUUAUUUA